AUGACAAUAGAAGGAAUGUGGAUCAUCGGCUACGGCCUGCUCAUCUUCAAACCUCCUCCACUUUACGACUUCAGAGUCACUGGAACUCUUAAAGGCUACAUUCGUCGAUUCUGGCAGUCCUCCUCGGACCACAGAGGCACUCCAGAAAGCCCAGGCAGAGUGGCUACUCUCAUGUCAUUGCAAGACCUCAAAGACCACUCCAGAUUCCACAAUGACUUGUACACAUAUGAGCUCAACCCAAAGGUUGGUGAGCUGAAUAUCGCUACGGAGUCAGUGGCUAAUCUUCCCAGCGAGGCUUUGGCGAACAACAUUCAUGAUGUGAAGCACAAAAUCGACGAACUUGAGGAGGACGACUUGAAGGUCUGGGGUGUGGCAUACUACGUUCCACCGGAACAUGUGGAAGAAAUGAAAGCGUACCUUGACGUCCGGGAAAAGAAUGGAUACACGCUCCACAAGGUGAGGUUCCACGUCCACAGUGUUCCCAACGAGGCCGAGGCGGUGGUGAGCAAAAUACCAAGAAACCAGGACGGAGACUUAUUUAUCGAGUCCUUCAUCUACAUCGGGACUAUCGACAAUGAGGCGUUUGUUGGUCCUGAAACCGUCCAGGAUACUGCUGCGGUUAUCAAGAAGAGCAAAGGCCCCAGCGGUCUCAAUUUCGAGUAUUUGAGCAAACUCACAGAGGCUGUCCAUGCUCUUGAUCCGCAACUGAGGUCGCGAGACUUCUACCUCGAAGAUCUAGUAGCCCUUGCAGCACCCCAACAAUAA